AUGGGUCCACGGUCAACCGCCCUCCCCAGCGCACAGACCGAAAGCGCUCGCGAAUUGCGCCGCAACUUCUACUGCGACCUAUGCAGUAAAGGCUAUGCCCGAAUCACAGAACUCGAAGCCCACGAGAACAGCUAUGACCACCAACACCGCAAGCGCAUGAAGGAAAUGAAGCAAAUCACCAGAAACCCGACAGCCGCCGUUCGCAACUCACGCACCGAGAAGAAAAGAACAGAGAACUCCGAGAUGAUCAGUCUGAACCUGAACAAAGGCAAAACGGAUGGUGUCAAGAGAGGUUUCAAGGACAUCGGACGCGACGCAAGUCAGGAUGCACGGCCAACAGCAACAGCAGCUGUGCCCGAUGUUGUCAUGAGAGAGGCGCCCGUCAAAGAGCAAGCUGAGGUAGAAAGACCACUCAGAUGGGAUGACCUCACACAACUAUCAUCUAUACUGGAUCCGUCAGCCCUCCCUGCCGAGUGGCAGCAGCAGACCUCCAGCGCUGCGCAAACCUACUUCGCCAAUAUGACCGACGCCGACAAGAGGAGGACAUACUUUGACGACGACGAGGACAUACUGGACGAGAUGGGCAUCGCGGACGACGAAUGGCAUGCCGAUGAAGAACAGCAUCCUGACGAGAUUGAUAUCGACCAAGACUGGGAGGACUUUAUGCAAUCAGACGAUUGGAAGAAGCAAAAGAACUUGGCUGAACAGGCCCGCAAAGAGAAGCUCAACCAAGCCUGGAAACAACGACGAGCCGUGCAGCAUUCGCUCUAA